GAUCGGCCCUCCCACCAGGUCGAUGUAGCCUCUGGUCAGCCACACUCGCCUAGUUGUAGUGGACACUGCUCUUGGAGAAAGAGGUUAGAGGACCACUCCGGACUUUUAAAGAAGCCCCUGAUCUGUUGAGACAUGCUUGUGUGGUAAAAUUCAGCUGGCUACAUUAAACAGAAGGAAGAUGGAACUCCAGGGCCUGGUGGUCUGUUUCGUCGUUGGGAUCCUGCUUUCCCAAGGGCCCACGGGGACAGUAUCAGCUGUGGACCCUGAAGCAAACAUGAAUGUGACUGAGAUAAUCAUGCACUGGGGAUAUGUUGGUGAGGAACACUCAGUCCAGACAAGAGAUGGCUAUAUUCUGAGUAUUCACCGAAUCCCUCAUGGGCGGAAGAACCAUUUGGACAAAGGUCCCAAACCAGUUGCCUAUCUUCAGCAUGGCUUCCUGGCAGAUUCUAGUAACUGGGUCACAAACAUUGAUAACAACAGCCUGGGCUUCCUCCUGGCCGAUGCUGGCUUUGACGUGUGGAUGGGAAACAGCAGAGGAAACACCUGGUCUCGGAAGCACAAGACUCUUUCAGAGUCUCAGGAUGAAUUCUGGGCCUUCAGUUUUGAUGAGAUGGCAAAAUAUGACCUACCUGCUUCUAUUAACUACAUUUUGAAUAAAACUGGCCAAGAACAACUCUAUUAUGUUGGUCAUUCUCAAGGAUGCACCAUAGGUUUCAUAGCCUUUUCACAGAUGCCUGAGCUGGCAAAGAAGAUUAAAAUGUUUUUUGCCUUGGCACCUGUGUUGUCCCUCAAUUUCGCUUCAGGCCCGAUAAUCCGUUUGGGAUGGUUGCCAGACCUUCUUCUUGAGGACAUGUUUGGACAGAAGCAGUUUCUUCCUCAGAGUGCGGUGGUGAAAUGGCUGAGCAUUCACGUUUGCACUCACGUCGUCAUGAAGGAGCUUUGCGCAAAUAUCUUCUUUCUGAUAUGUGGCUUCAAUGAGAAGAAUUUAAAUAUGUCUAGAGUGGAUGUAUACACCACACACUGUCCUGCGGGAUCUUCUGUGCAAAACCUGUUACACUGGAGUCAGGUUGUUAAAUACCAUAAGCUUCAAGCUUUUGACUGGGGAAGCAGUGACAAGAAUUAUUUUCAUUACAACCAGAGUCAUCCUCCCUUGUACAACAUAAAAGACAUGCAGCUACCCACCGCCUUGUGGAGCGGCGGCCGGGACUGGCUGGCAGACACCAGUGACAUCAAUAUCUUACUGACUGAAAUCCCCAAGUUGGUGUACCACAAGCACAUUCCUGAGUGGGAACAUCUGGAUUUUAUUUGGGGUUUGGAUGCCCCCUGGAGGCUGUAUGAUGAAGUAAUCAGUCUAAUGAAGAAAUACCAGUGAACGCCAGACUUGAGAUGCUUCCUCUUCAGUAGGGGAACAAAACCAGAUGUUUGCUUGAUUUCUGUAAAAUACUUGCGGUUUCCUUGUCUUGAUCAUUCGUAUUUUUUUAUCUGCAAGAAAAUGAUGACGUCGAAGAUGUACAUUGCUCUCUGGUUAAUAAGAAGCACCCUAGCUCUCUUGUGCUUCAUUGUGACUGACAAGCCAGCGUCACAACCAGGGAUGUCUUUUUAAGUCUUUAGAAAGUAUGGGUGUUACGUGGAAAAGUCGUUGUAAUCCUUGUGUUUACCUUUUUCGAUUGUUUUCAGUGCAUAUGUGCUGUGCAUAUGCAUGCGUAAGUGUGUGCUGUGUGCUGGCCAGGCCUUCCUGGUGUGGAAGUUAGGACUCACAUCAGGGUGUCUUCCUCAGUCAUUUCCCAUUCUACUUUUUGAGACAGGGUCUCUUGCUGAACCGGGAGCCUAACAUUUCAGUUAGACUGGCUGACCAGUGAGCCUCUAAGAUCUGCCUGUCUCUAACUUCCCUCUCCCCCAUGCUGUGGAAUGUGAUGUCCCACCCAGCAUUUUUAUACUGAUUCUAGGGACAGGAACUCAGGUUCUCAUGCUUGUGCAGCAAGGCCUUUAUUCACAGAAUCAUUGCCUCAAACCCUCGGGAAUUGAAAGUUGCUUUUCUGUUCUCACACAACCCAAGGGAACACAUACAGGACAUUUCAAGCUAUUGUUUGCUGGCAGAAAUAAGUCUGCCAGUGACUUGAACACACUGUGAAAAGCUCCUUGCUCUGAGCUUGACACAGCAGCACAAACAUGCAAUCUAGGCUCUCCAGAGGUUGGGACGGGAAGACCACUGUUAGAUUUAGGGUUCAUCUAGAGAGUGAGACUUUGUCUCUAGAAAACCAAAGACAAAGGAGAAAAGACCCCAAAGUACUCAGUUCUCAUCUCUUUACCUUAGAGGGCUUUCCAGCCCAGAAUUCCUGUGCUCACCUAUCCAAACAACAUUUUCAUGUUUUUAUGCACUAGCUACCUAGUGAAAUCCAGUGUUAUCUCAGCUUCUCCAGGAGUAGAAAUAUUCUCUCUUCAGUUUCUUCAGAUUUCAAUAACAAAAAUUUUCAGGCCAAGCCAAAAAAAACAAAAAACAAAAACAAAAACAAAAACAAAAAAACAAAAAACAGAAAAAAAAACCAUAGACUCUUGAAAAGCAGUCUGCACUGAUCAAAAAAAAAAAAAAAGCAAAAGCAAAAGCUUGAAGAGUAAUACAAUGAGCUGUGUUGGUUCCACAUGUGUAGUCCGGUCACUUUUCUGUGGAGAUACGUUCUGGGAAGGGACAAACCACUAAUUUAUCAGAAGGGAAUGUGGCUGCCAUGAUGGUGCCUGCAUGAGGCCAAAGCUGCUUGCUCAUGGCGAGCGUUCCAAUUCCAUUUCACACAAAUGAUGUUUUCAGACAGAGCUCAGCUCAGGAAUUUCGCUUUGAGAAUCAGUGUUGUAUGUAUAGUAUUUUCCUGAGCCUGCUUUGAGCCUGCGAACUGGAAGCCCUCGUCUGUUCACAUGGCUCGCUGGCGAUGGCUAUCACCAGCAGGACAGUUGAUAAGUUUUUCGACCUAGUUACUGAAGGUGCAGGAAUAACUGAUAUCAGCUCAUACAUGCAGGCAGAAUGAAUGAUACAACUUUGUAACAUUUUAAAGGUUCGUAUCUAAACUUUUCAAUAAACCUCAGCCUUCCAGGCCUGAACAUC